CCCUCAGCCACCAGUACCUCGGACACUAGCGGCAUCCUCCUCUUGCCAUGGCGCUGCCCUGGGCCCUUGCAGUCUUGAGCCUUCUUCCCCUGCUGGACGCCCAGAGCCCGGCAUGUCCCAAUUUCUCGGUGCCCAUCACCAAUGCCUCCCUGGACCAGAUCUCUGGCAAGUGGUUUUAUAUCGGCUCGGCUUUCCGCUUCCCCGAGUACAAGAAGGAAGCUGGCAAAAUCCAGGCAGCCUUCUUUUACUUCACCCCCAACCACACGGAGGACACGAUACUGAGCAGAGAGUACACAACCAUCGGGGACCAGUGCCUCUAUAACACCAGCAGCGUGAAGGUCCAUCGGGAAAAUGGGACCCUGUCCAAAUCCGAGAAUGGCAGAGAACAUUUUGUCCAGCUGCUGCUCCCCAAGGACCCCAAGACCUUCAUGUUCGCUGCAUUCCCAGAAGACAAGCAGAACAUGGGACUGUCCUUCUAUGCUGACAAGCCAGAGGCGACCCCGGAGCAAAUGGAACAGUUCUAUGUCUACCUCACGUGCAUGGGCUUGGACAAGUCGGAAGUCAUGUACACGGAUGAAAAAAAGAAUAUGUGCCUGCCGCUGGAGAAGCAGCACGAUGAGGAAAGGAAGAAGGAAGACGAGAGGUCUGAGACAGGCACAGCAUUGGAUUAGGACCUCGGGGUCUUUGGGGGCCUAUCCUGAGACACCCCCACCCACCCUGUGUGCCUCAGUUCUUUCCCUCAGUUGCACCAAUAAAGUUUCUGCAUUUGGAAUAGG